AAGUGAAUCAAUCAUAUGUGACAACUAGGACUUAGGCUUUGCAAAUUCAUUUAGAGCUGGGAAUGAAACCUUAUGAAACCUGUCGUCGAUCUAUUUUGGCAGACAUCAAUUGCGGCGAUUAAAAUAUUUUAAAAUCUUUCAACUCUUCGUUUGCAAGACUCGAAAAUUCGUAUACGGGGCUAUUUUUUGGUUCAAGCGCGGGAUCUCUAUCAUAACAUUGUCCAUCAGUUUGCUCCAGGGUUCAUGAAGUAGAACAAAUCUUCAAUAAUUUAAAACCAGGUUUACAAGGUAGGGUUUUAUAGAAAAUGGAGAGUUUUGUGAUUGUUCACAAUGUGGCGAAAAGACACAAUAUAGGAACUCUUGCACGCAGCGCGACGGCCUUCGGUGUAUCGGAACUCAUUCUCGUUGGCAGAAAAGACUUCAACGCUUUCGGUAGUCAUGGAUCAACUCUUCAUAUAAAUUUUCGCCAUUUCUAUUCACUGCAACAUGCUCAACAAUACCUUAAGGGAAAGGACUGUGACAUUUGUGGGGUAGAAAUUGCUGAUGGAGCUCUUGCAGUCCACGAACAUCCUUUCAGGAAAAGCACCGCAUUCUUACUUGGGAAUGAGGGGACAGGACUUUCAAGCAAAGAGAUGGAAAUUUGUGACUUCUUUGUUUACAUAUCACAAUAUGGUUGUGGCACGGCUUCACUAAAUGUCACUAUAGCAGCAUCCAUUGUCCUCCAUCACUUUGCAGUUUGGGCAGGCUUUCCUGAAAGAAGGCGAGAUGGUCAAAAAUUUGUGGUAGCUGAGAAACCAGCAAGACAAGUUUGGGCAGGCUUUCCUGAAAGAAGGCGAGAUGGUCAAAAAUUUGUGGUAGCUGAGAAACCAGCAAGACAAGUUUGGGCAGGCUUUCCUGAAAGAAGGCGAGAUGGUCAAAAAUUUGUGGUAGCUGAGAAACCAGCAAGACAAGGUCGGAGAAAUUUCUGUGCAGAAUCAAUUGAAGUUAUUGCAAAAGAACGCAAAGAUAAGAAAGAGGCUGGCUCACAUGAUUGGUUGGAUGAUGCUGGAACUGACAGAAGUAAUCAGCAUAAUGAGAGAAUUGAAGAGUCCUUUUCUUGUAUGCUUGAAAUUGAAAAUAACACUGAAACAAGCCCAUUAGAUAUGUUGUUUCAUUCUGAUUUGUAAUUAUGGUGUAGUAUUUGGCAACUGGCAUUAUACUUGCUGCAGGUGGCAGCUAGUACAUGCUUGGAAGAUAUUAUGGAAGCACUUCCAAUCUGCUAAGAACGCUUGUUAUUAUUAGCUGCAGAAGUGUGGCAUUUCAAGUGGGCUCAUUAAAGUUUUACUUUUGUACUUGAUUAAAUCAGACAACCUGAUAGUCACUAAGGAUAGAUUUACUCUUGGUCCUUUAAACAAAUUUAAUCACAAUGUAAUCAUUACAAUAGGCAUGGGCAAUGCAAAUUGAAAUUUGCUGUGGAUUAUGUUUGGAAGUGCAGUUGUGGCUUUGGUUCUUUCCG